GCGUUCACUCCCGGCAAUUUCAAACCCGGAUGGGAUCGCGAGGCAAGCUCAGUUGUUAUUGAGCUAACGUUACUUUAACGUCUCUUAAUGCACCACAACAAGUCCAACGAGUCAUUUUAAUAACUAAUCUGAACAAAGUCGAGAGAAGACAUUGAAGUCUGAUAGAUAUGGAAGAAGCAGAGACCGUAACGAUACUUUCCAGAAAAGAGCUGCGUAAGCAAAAGUUGAUGGAGUACUUGGCACAAAAAGGAAAGCUGAAACUGCCCAACCCCAAGCCAUACCUCCGUGACGACUGCCAGGUUAAGAAGCAUGUGACGUCUACACUAAAGGUUGUUAAAGGAAAAGAGAACAAGGCUCUGGCUGACAGAAUCAUAUACAAAGGCACAAAAAUUCAAACUCUGGCUGCUCAAUCCACAAAACACCCUGCCAGAGAAGCAUUUGGUGUCAAUAACACAUUAAAUGUUACAGGCAACAUACUCACUGGACGGCAGAAUACCAAUCGUCCAUCUGCAAUCAGUGGCCCAGCACAGCCAAAGCUUAAUCACAACCCUGUGCUGACUAGAACAUACACCCUUGUGUCCUCCAAAUCCAACCCGAAUGCAGCCAGCCAUCUCACAAAAAAGCCAAACAUAGGAGAACCAACUGCAGCUCGUACAGCUGUAACUAAAUCUAGCAAAAGAUUUGGCAGUGGCUCAAAUGCUACCUGGUCGUGUUCAAAGACGAUCAGUGUCAGGAUGAGUCUCGGCCCAAUGGUCAAAACAAAAACAGGACUCACUCCUGCGGUGACCCAGCCAAGAAACAGUCAAAGUCAAAAGUUAACGCACACCUCUGCCACAGCAGCUGAUACCACCGCCGCCACCACUAUGUCUGUUGCUAACAAGGUGCGAUCCAGCACCUCGUCAUCUGUUUCCCAGAGGUCUGCCAUGGCUCAAAGGAAACCAUUACCUACCCCUGCUCUAAACUACCCUGAGAAAACAAGAGCUGGGAUUAAAGUUCCAGAUCACAAGAAGUCUAAUCCUAAACCACUUUUGGGUAAACAUUCUCAGCCAUCUUGUAAGAGUCAGCUAUCAAGUGAACUGAAAUCAACGUCCAUCUCCUCCAAGUGCACAGCCGCAGCCAUAAAGCCAGAGGUGCAAGCAGGGAUGUCAAAAAUAAAUAAAUCAGCUAGUCAGCCCAGAGACAGGUCCACGAAGCAGAGAUCCGAUGGGGCAGGGCUUAAAAAUGGCCCACCAUGCAAAGUCACCUCCCAAACAUCCUCGGGGCCAGCGAGCAGGUGCAUUUCCAGAGCAAUCACUGGGGUUGUGGGCGCUGCUGUGGCUGAGCUGGGAGGGAAAACCAAGACAUGUAAAGAGACCGGUGGUACGAAGGGACACAGUUCUGCAAAUGCUCCUCCACCACAAACUGGUUUAAAAAGAACAAGCGCUCCUGUGAUGUCCCAGACAGUUCCACGGCCAGGCAAGACCGUCAGCCAUACCGGUCAUGUCAUAAACACAAAGACACCAAAGGUCCCAGUCAGAGUUUUUCCCCAGACUGAGGUUAAGAAAUUGACUGCCGCCCAAGAGGAAAGAAUGAGAAAGCUACAUGAAUGGCGGGAAGCCAAGGGUAUUUCCUACAAGCGUCCUCCAAUGCCAGUGAAACCUCAGGUCAGGCGCACCGUGGCCAUACCCCAGCCUUUCUGGGGCACCAUGGAGGAGGAAGACAACACCCACUCUCUCAUCUGUGCAGUGGACAGAUCCCUGGCUGACUGCAUCAAAUUGGUUGAAGAGGGUUGCGCUCCAGACCAGGUGAAGGAGGUUCUCUCACGACUGCCACCUAUGUCCCAGAAGUUUGCCAAGUACUGGAUCUGUCAGGCCCGCCUGAUGGAACAAGAGGGCAACCUGGAUGUCCUGCCCAUGUUUGAAGAGGCUGUUGGUGUUGUGCUGGAGCCAGUUGACGAGCUGCGGACUGUGGUGUUUGAGAUUCUGAAGAAGAAGGACGAGAUCCAAGACGAGAUCCAAGAAAACGAGAAAGAGGACCAAAUUCCAACAGGUGAAGGCACUCCAGAGAGUAUCAACCCAAUGAUAACUCCUAAACCUGUCAGAGCUCUUAUCUGUGGAGAGAAAGGAGACUCAUCUGUAGUCAAGUACAAGAUCACGGCAACUCCAGGUGGCCCGCAAAGCCAACAGACAGAACCGGUACGGCUCAACGGCCAGGAGGUUCGCUUCUUUACACCGGUCAGACGCUCCGUGCGAAUCGAGAGAUCCUCCCUCCGAUACCCCGCAUCCCUCCAGGACCACGAUCUCUGUGUGGCCUCCUACAACGACCUGAUCUCUGAGGAGGAUGACCAGGGAACUGAAGAGUGGAAGAAUGAGGAAACCAGCAUGUUUGCUAAUAACACGCCCAUGUACGUCUACAGACAGAACGAAGCACUUCAAGACAAAGUGUUUGUCCAGCUAGUCUACGAUGAAGGCGUUUAGCUGUCUGUGCUGACAUCUGUGCUGUGCAGCAUUCACUUGUCACUGUUCACAUGGCAGGGCAAACAAAGUCAAUGUAUGUGCAUACUUUGGUAUUUUAAGAUCUCAUCCUUUUCACUAAAAAAGGUGAGUUUUAUCCUUUCGAAGGUAGAACCUUAUAUUUUAGGCAAUUUACCUGUUUUUAUAAAUUAAGUAUUUCUCACACUUUGUCAUAAAAAAAGUUUCUGGGUUUA